AUUGACUGAUAUAGAAGAGCAACUGCAGCAUUUUAUAGAAAGUCACGUGAUGUUGACGCAGGGGUCACAUGGGACCAAGUCUAUAAUUGAAAUAUUGGGGAUGUACAUACAGUGCGUGGAGAAUUCCUACCAACGAGAUAGUCAAAUUAACUUGAACAACGUAAAAUCAGACCUGGAAAAAGCUAUGGUUUUACUCGACGAGGAUGCCACCUCUGCAGAACAGAGACCAUCAGUCAAAUACCUAAACAACGUUGCUCUCAUUAGACAUGCCAUGGUAUUUCUAUCUGAGGUGAUUCAUUCACACAUACAUACACAGGAAUUGCAUAGCAGUUUAUCGCAAGUUAUUGCCACAGCUCAAAAUUUGAUAGAAAAGAUGGAUUCAAUGGACGCAUCAGUGAGCAGUGCGUUUCUACUGAAAAAUAUAUGUCGGCGAUACGGCAUGUACUACAAAAACCGUAUUCGGGAAUCCGAUCAGUUAAAAGGAAUAAUUCCACAACAUCUUAGAACCACGAAU